AUGGUGAUGAAUAGCAGUGUGACUGAAUUCAUUCUGUUUGGGUUGACGCAGGAUGCUGAAAUGCAGAAAGUAGUAUUUGGGAUAUUCUUGAUUUUUUAUCUUUUGACUCUGCUGGGGAACCUUCUCAUUGUGGUGACUAUUAAGACAAGUGUGAACCUUGGGAGUCCCAUGUAUUUCUUUUUAUUCUACCUGUCCUUUACUGAUGCCUGCUUUUGUACCACUACAGCCCCCAGACUCAUUGUUGAUGCUCUGUCUCAGAAGAAGACUAUUUCCUACAGUGAGUGCAUGACUCAAGUCUUUGCCUUCCAUUUCUUUGGGGGCAUGGAGAUCUUUGUCCUCAUCCUCAUGGCUUUUGAUCGCUACGUGGCCAUUUGUAAGCCCCUGCGAUACACAACCAUCAUGAGCCGGCGUGUUUGUGUUGUGCUGGUGAUUCUGGCCUGGGUGGGAUCUGGUAUCCAUUCUUUAGCACAGAUAUUCCUGGCUUUGAAAUUGCCUUUCUGUGGUCCCAAUGUGAUUGAUCACUUUUUCUGUGACUUGCAGCCCUUGUUGAAACUUGCCUGCAUGGACACUUAUGUAAUAAAUUUGUUAGUUGUGUCCAACAGUGGGGCUGUAAGCAUGGUGAGUUUCAUAAUCUUGCUUAUUUCCUAUGUUGUCAUUCUAUACUCUCUGAGAAACUACAGUGCAGAAGGAAAGAGGAAAGCUCUUUCCACCUGCACCUCCCAUUUUAUUGUUGUUAUUAUAUUUUUUGGUCCAUGCAUAUUCAUGUACACACGCCCACAAACCACAUUUCAGGUGGACAAGAUGGUGGCUGUGUUCUACUCAAAUGGGACACCCUUUCUUAACCCUCUGAUCUAUACAUUGAGAAAUGCAGAAGUUAAAAAUGCCAUGAAAAAGUUAUGGUGUAGCAAAUUAUGA